AAGGGACUUAGGGCCAUCCACAGCCCUAUCCACACAGUAUCCCUGCUUGGCUCAUGCUCACCGACAGAUAUGGGAGCGAGGGUGUGGCCACUCCAGGUUGAGACAGGAUAUUCUGAUAGGAUACUGAUUCCAACGUGGAGGACCCGUGAUGACACUGUCCAACAAGGAAAUAUGCCAGACGAGGGCAUGCACCCCAGGGUCUCACUUGCAGGCCCCAGAGCAAGUCACGGAGACAGGAAGUGGAUGGUGGAGACCUGGGAGGGUCUGGGAGUGAGCACUGAAUUGGGGCAGAGCUUCAGAUUAGGGAGACAGAAGGCUCUAUAACUGGACAGUGAUGAUGGUUUCACAAUGUGAAUGCAUGUUUUGUUUGAGGCAGGAUCUCAUGUACAUAGCCUAGGCUACAUUCGAACUCCCUGUGUAGCCAAGGAUGACCUUGAAUUUUUGAUCCUCCUGCCUCCACCAUCCCCAGUGUUGGUUUGACAGGCGUGUGCCACCAUGUCAUUCAUGUGAUGCUUGGGAUGGGACCCUGGACCUUGUGCGUGUUAUUUGGGCACUAUCCACUGGGCCACAGCCCCAGACCCUGAUAGCUUUUGGUGUGAUUUUUGGUUUGAGAUUCUCCAUAGGUUCUCGAAUGGCGCUGUCUGGUUUCACUUCUAUUUCUACCCAGUGUGAUGCACAGUGCUCCACACUGGAGCUGUAAAAGCUGCACAAGCACACACAGAUAUCUGAAGGAAUGAACGAAUGACUGGCUCGGUGACUGGACGAGUAAGUACCCUGGUGAGUGGCUGAAAGAUGUGUGCAUGAAUGAAUGAAUGAACAAGAGAAUAAAUGAAUUGGCGGAUGGUGAGUGAAUGGAGUGCACUUUCUCCGGGAACACUUUCCUCCUGAGGCUGGGUGCAGGGGAGGACAGCCAGUGAUGUCAUAAGGGGAGGACAGCCAGUGAUGUCAUAAGGGGCUCCUGAGCAGAAGGUUCCAGAAGCCUGAACUAUGGAGUUGUGUUGGGUGGGAACCUAUCUACCUUCCUCUCUCCAUCCACUACCACCAUCGCCCUGGCUAGACUGAGGGGUGACCAGAGCAAGAAGGGACAGCACAUGCACACGCACGCACACACAUGCUUCUGGGACAACCCAUCACUGACCAACUCUGUGCAAGGAGAGAUACUUUGCUGAACAGAUGUCUCCGUCUGUGACACCUGGCCACCUUGUGAAAGGUAACAGUUGCACUGUGACAAAUACUUCUUGUGAACCUGCAAAGGUGGGACCACCAAUGACUCAAGAGAAGAAGGCAGAAGACCCUGAUAGAGGCAUGGACACCACCUCAGCUGCCCCCAGGCUGUGGAGCACUCACUGUGAUGGAGAGGUGCUGCUGAGGCUGUCCAAACAUGGGCCAGGCCAUGAGACCCCAAUGACCAUCCCUGAGCUGUUUCAGGAAUCUGUUGAACGAUUCGGCGCUUAUCCAGCCCUAGCCUCGAAGAACGGCAAAAAGUGGGACACGCUCACGUUCAGCCAGUACUAUGACGUGUGUCGAAAGGCAGCCAGAUCUCUGAUCAAGCUGGGUCUGCAGCGUUUCCAUGGCGUUGGCAUCCUGGGCUUUAACUCGGUUGAGUGGGUCGUUGCUGCUCUGGGCGCCAUCUUGGCUGGGGGCCUCUGUGUUGGUAUUUAUGCCACCAACUCGGCCGAGGCCUGCCAGUACGUCAUCAAGCAGGCCAACGUGAAUGUCUUGAUAGUGGAGAAUGACCAACAGCUGCAGAAAAUCCUGUCGAUUCCACCAGACAAGAUGGAGACCGUGAAAGCCAUUGUGCAGUACAGGCUGCCCUUGAUGGAAAACAGCACAAACCUGUACUCCUGGCAGGACUUCAUGGAGCUGGGUAAUGCCAUCCCCAACAUACAGCUGGACCGGGUCAUCCUCAGCCAGAAGGCCAACCAGUGUGCUGUCAUCAUCUAUACCUCUGGGACCACAGGGAGCCCCAAAGGCGUGAUGCUGAGUCAUGACAACAUCACAUGGACGGCAGGGGCCAUGGCGCGAGAGAUUGAGCUGAUCCACGUCUCAGGAAAGCAGGACACGAUAGUCAGCUACCUGCCCCUCAGCCACAUUGCAGCCCAGCUCAUGGACAUCUGGAUCCCUAUCAAAGUCGGGGUGCUCACUUUCUUUGCUCAACCAGAUGCUCUCAGGGGCACCUUGGUGUACACUCUUCAAGAGGUGAAGCCUACUUAUUUCCUGGGGGUGCCACGCGUCUGGGAAAAGAUGCAGGACACCAUCAAGGAAAAUGUGGCCAAGUCCUCCAACCUGAGAAAAAAGGCAUUUGCAUGGGCAAAGAUGCUUGGCUUGAAGGUCAAUACCAAGAAGAUGCUGGGGAAGCGAGACAUCCCCAUGAAUUACCGCAUGGCAAAGGCCCUUGUGUUCACGAAGGUCAGAACCUCCCUGGGCUUGGACAACUGCCACACCUUCUUCAGUGGGGCUUCACCCCUCUCUCAGGAUGUCUCGGAGUUCUUUCUCAGCCUGGAUAUCCCCAUUGGUGAGAUCUAUGGGAUGACUGAGUGUUCCGGACCCCACACAGUCUCCUGCAAGAGUAUCUACAGAGUUCUGAGUUGUGGCAAAGUCCUGAAUGGCUGUAAGAAUAUGCUGUACAAGCAGAACAAAGAUGGUGUGGGUGAGGUGUGCAUGUGGGGCCGCCAUGUCUUCAUGGGCUACCUGGGUAAGGAGGAUGCCACGUUGGAAGUAUUGGAUGAAGAUGGUUGGCUGCACUCUGGGGACAUUGGCCGCCUGGACAGCCACGAUUUCCUUUAUAUCACCGGCCGCAUCAAAGAAGUCCUGAUAACUGCUGGUGGUGAGAACAUAUGGCCCAUCCCAAUUGAGACCCUGGUGAAAGAGAAAAUCCCCAUCAUCAGCCAUGCCAUGCUGGUGGGUGACAAGGCCAAAUUCCUGAGCAUGCUGUUGACACUGAAGUGUGAGACAGACCAGAUGAGUGGAGAGCCCUUGGACAAGCUGAACCUGGAGGCCAUCAGCUUCUGCCAGAUGCUGGGUAGCCAAGCAGUCACUGUGUCGGACAUUUUGAAGAUUCGAGACCCAGUGGUCUACACGGCCAUCCAGUAUGGCAUAGACAUCGUGAAUCAGCAAGCAGUCUCUGACUCACAUAGAAUUCGAAAGUGGAUCAUCUUGGAGAAAGACUUUUCCAUCCAGGGUGGGGAGCUGGGACCAACAUCAAAACUUAAGAGAGAUCUCAUAACCCAGAAAUACAAAGCACAGAUUGACAACAUGUACUCAUCAUAAUGGCUGUGGCAGGAGCUUCCUCCCAUCUGCGCGUCUCCAACAGGUCAGCCUCAUCUCAGUGGGGGGACAUCCUCCCCCCAGGAAGCCCCUUCACGUGCAGAAGAAGCCAGACCCCCACUGCUCUAUUGGUCCUACCUAAACUUCCAAAGCAGGAGGCCCACAAUGGAGAGAACCCCAGACAGGACAAGCCUUCCAGGCGUGAGUGGACAGACCUUGCCACUGCAACAGGCCCUUCCUUUCCUAGGACUUUGUAUUAGAAAAGAGGCAUGACCACCCAAAGCCCAGAACACCUUCCUGGGAGCAGCAUGGAAACCCCUCAAAUAAGUUGUCAUAGUCAGGA